UUUACUAUAACGUUGUUCGUUUGGGCUAGCUAGCUUGAUGUUCUGCAGCAGUACAGCUAGUUAGCCAGUUUAGCUACAUAGUUAGCGUCAAUCCGACCUUUGUCAUCUCUUCUGAUUGCGUGAUUCAGUUGUUCGUCAAUCGAUCAGAGAAUCCUGAAAAUAAUAGCUACAUCAUAGUGGCCACUGUCUUUGAUAUUAGUUCGGUUUGGUCAACCUUUGAAAGCCGAAGUUACGUUAGCCAUUAUUGCCUGCUUCGCAGCGGUCGCCGGGUUUGAGCCCAUUAUGGACCAUCACAAGAUAAUCCACGAUACCCUGCAGGAGUUCAUUCAGACAUACAUUCCCGAUGCAGAUCUGAGUUCCCUGGAUGAUGUGUUGCUCUCCUACAUCACUGGAGUCCUGGAGGAUCUGGGCUCUCAGGAGAGUGUGGAGGAGAACUUUGACGUGGAGGUCUUUGUAGAAAUGCUGGAGGCCUACAUUCCUGGCUUUGCUGAAAUCGACAGUGUUAAAGUUUGUGAUAUGAUGUUCAGCCUGGCUUCAAAACUAGCUGCAGCCCGGAGUUCAGAAAAUAGUGUGCCUAAGGCUAGAAUGGAGGUCCCACUGACAGUCAGUGCUACCUCCACUGGGUCUCCAGUGAGAGAGAAGCACUGCCUUACUGCACAGACUGAGGGGGCCACUGCCAAGGUUCCAUUCUCUGAGUGGGAGGCUCAGGAGUCUCUCCUGCUGGAGAUGUUCCCCAAGUGCAGCCUAUCAGAGGCCAGGAGUGCCUUGUCCAUUGCUAAAGGUGACAUGGAGGAGGCUGUCCGCCUCAUCAUCGAAGGAGACAUCCAGCUCAGCCCCACACCUCUCACCGUUAACUAUGGGAAGAUGGUUUCCCCUCAGGCAGAGCAGAAGAUGAAAGAGAGCAUCCUGGAGAAGUACAUGCUAGUGGACAGGGAGGAGGAUGAGAAAACACACAGGCCUGUUGCACCUAAAGAUGCCCCCAAGAAACUGGUGCGUUACCACAGCAACCAGGUGGUGACCACAAAAGGGGAGCGGUACCAACUGGUGAAGAAAGAGGAGCCGGAGGAGGUGAAGAAGACUUACGUCAGCAUCAAACCCGCACGCAAAUACAGGUUCCAUUAAUGACUGACUGGCACUCUUCUGGAAGACCAGCUGUUUACUUUGUUCUUUACAUAUCCUUUCUUAUUGCCUUUUUUUUUUUUUUGCCUAGUUAUGGAAAAUGUUUGUUUUUGGUAUGGUUAUAUAAGAUUCUGAUUUGAAAAAUGCGUGGCCAUCGUCUUGCUUUAAAUAUAAUUUAUCUUCUGCAGUGAUUCUCUGGCAUCAUUGUUUUGUUCUCUAGAUGGGUCAUAAUGUGCUCUUUUAGUGGGCUGUCCAUGUCUAUAAGACUUGAAGAACCGUUACAUUUGAUUCUCUUGUGUUCAUACUUUGUACUUUUUUUGCCAUUUCAGCAGGUCUGACAUGGUACUGAUGAUUUUUUGUCAGUUAUUAUUUGUAUUGGUAUUAUUCCUGGCAGGGGGACUUAGCGAUUUGGUGCCCGUUUCAAAACACUAUUUUCAGUACUGUAUCGCAAUACCUUAUUCCUCAUAUGAUGGUACAUUUAGUCUAUUGAGCCUGUGGACCCUUAACCUGUUGCCGUAAAAAAAAAAAAAAAAAAAAAAAAAGUUAUGUUUGCAACCUCGUAAACAAAUGCAGUGCCAUGUUGGCGGAAGUUGGGUUCCCAAGACUGGAAGUGGCAUUCCGGCGGCGUGAAAAAGGCCUUUUCUAUGACCUAGGUACGGAGGAGGACGAGGCACUGGAGAUCUACAGCAGGAGAAUGAUAACACAGAUCAACAAUCAACUGAACCCAGAAACUGCAAGCUAGAAGGGGAGGAGAGAGAGCCAGGAGGAGAGGGGGGGAGAGAGCAGCCCUCGGAGGGAGGGAGGGAGGGGGAGGCAGCGGUUGCAGAGUGAGACCUGUAGGAGGAUGAUCAUACAAGUACACAGAAAACAGAACCAAGAGAGGAGAGGGAAGCCCCCGAACCCUAAAGGACAGAGGGAGAGACAGGAAAAAGAGCUGCAGAGGAGUAGACAGCAGAGAGCGAGAGAGUCUGGACCCUGCAAGAGUAAGGAGCAGGACCAACCCUGCUGUCCAGACUGGGACCCAGCCCGUCCCCCUACAGCUCAUCUCUGUCCUGCUGUCCUGACUGGUACCCAGCCAGUCCCCCUACAGCUCAUCUCUGCCCUGAAGCUCCAUACUGGUAACCGGCCGGUCCCCCUACAGCUCAUCUCUGUCCUGCUGUCCUGACUGGGACCCAGCCAGUCCCCCUACAGCUCAUCUCUGUCCUGCUGUCCUGACUGGGACCCAGCCAGUCCCCCUACAGCUCAUCUCUGUCCUGCUGUCCUGACUGGGACCCAGCCAGACCCCCUACAGCUCAUCUCUAUCCUGAAGCUCCAGACUGGGACCCAGCCGGUCCCCCUACAGCUCAUCUCUAUCCUGAAGCUCCAUACUGGGUCCCAGCCAGUCCCCCUACAGCUCAUCUCUGUCCUGAAGCUCCAUACUGGUAACCAGCCAGUCCUCCUACAGCUCAUCUCUGUCCUGAAGCUCCAUACUGGUACCCAGCCAGUCCCCCUACAGCUCAUCUCUAUCCUGAAGCUCCAGACUGGGUCCCAGCCAGUCCCCCUACAGCUCAUCUCUGUCCUGAAGCUCCAUACUGGUACCCAGCCAGUCCCCCUACAGCUCAUCUCUGUCCUGAAGCUCCAGACUGGUACCAGCCGGUCCCCCUACAGCUCAUCUCUGUCCUGAAGCUCCAGACUGGUACCAGCCGGUCCCCCUACAGCUCAUCUCUGUCCUGAAGCUCCAUACUGGUACCAGCCGGUCCCCCUACAGCUCAUCUCUGUCCUGAAGCUCCAUACUGGUAACCAGCCGGUCCCCCUACAGCUCAUCUCUGUCCUGAAGCUCCAUACUGGUAACCAGCCAGUCCCCCUACAGCUCAUCUCUGUCCUGAAGCUCCAUACUGGUAACCAGCCGGUCCCCCUACAGCUCAUCUCUGUCCUGAAGCUCCAUACUGGUAACCAGCCAGUCCCCCUACAGCUCAUCUCUGUCCUGAAGCUCCAUACUGGUACCCAGCCGGUCCCCCUACAGCUCAUCUCUGUCCUGAAGCUCCAGAAUGGGACCCAGCCAGUCCCCCUACAGCUCAUCUCUAUCCUGCUGUCCAGACUGGGACCCAGCCAGUUCCCCUACAGCUCAUCUCUGUCCUUCUGACCAGACUGGGACCCAGCCCGUCCCCCUACAGCUCAUCUCUGUCCUGAAGCUCCAGAAAUUCACAGAUGAGAUGAGAUGAGAUGGGUAAAAUAAUAUUACUCUUCACAUAACUAUCUUUUGGCUGUAUGUCUCUACUGGCUGUCAUUUACUGACACAGUGUGUGUGUGUGUGUGUGUGUGAAGUCUGUGGACACAGCUGCAUGACCCAUCAGUGUGUGGCGUUUUGUGUGCAGUAGCAGGCAGCCUUGUCCCUGAACACCUUCAUAAGGAGUAAGAUUACUCAACUAGACUAACACACUGGAGGAUAGACUACAGGUGGCAGGUAGGUUGCUGGUUCAAAUCCCUGAGAUGACAAGGUGAAAAUCUGUCGUUCUGCCUCUGAUCAUGGCAGUUAACCCACUGUUCCCCGGGCGCUGAUGAUGUGGAUGUCGAUUAAGGCAGUCCCCCGCAGCUCUCUAAUUCAGAGGAAGAUGCAUUUCAGUUGAAUGCAUUCAGUUGACAACUGACUAGGUAUCCCCGUUUGCUACACAACACACCUCUGCAACAGGGUACUACACACACACCUCUGCAACAGGGUACUACACACACACCUCUGCAACAGGGUAAAAAACAACACACCUCUGCAACAGGGUAAAAAACAACACACCUCUGCAACAGGGUACAACACACCUCAGCAACAGGGUACAACACACCUCUGCAACAGGGUACAACACAACACACCUCUGCAACAGGGUACAACACAACACACCUCUGCAACAGGGUACAACACAACACACCUCUGCAACAGGGUACAACACUCCUCUGCAACAGGGUACAACACAACGCACACACCUCUGCAGCAGGGUACAACACACAUGGUACAGUACAGACUGCUCACAGUAUCUGUGUUCUUUUCUGUUUAGGUCCUGUACCUGCUGAUUACAAUGUUAUUAUAAUCCGUUUCUGUCCUUAUGUUCCUGUACUCUGAACUGCAAACAGUCCCAAGAAAAAUAAGUCCUAUGAGAACAGAAUAUUGCAUAUUUAGGUAAAUUAAUCUGUGUUUUCAUGUGUUGUAGGACGCACUGGGAGAAUCUCACUUGCAUACUCCUCAGUCCUCUCUCCUAGCCUCCUUCUCUAAACCGAUUGGAGGAGAGGGGCAGUGACCUCUGGCUUUCUCAUCCAAUGGGUUUUGAGGAGGCAAGGAGAGAGGAUGCCAGAAGUAUGCAAAUGAGAUUCUCCCAGUGUGUGUUUUGGGUGAGCUGCUGAGGAGCAUCCCCAAGCCCUCUGAAGCCCCCAGCAGGAUCUGGGAACAACUGCAGGCCAGAGGGAGACACAGCAACCUGGGGUUACCUUGGAGACGGAACAGGAAUCUGGAUCUAACCUGUCAACAGAAUGUCAAUUAAGGGUUAUCUUGAAGGCCCAGAAUGUUAACCUGACGACUUCUUGAUGACAGUACAAGAACUAAGCUAAAGGUACCUUCGUACUGGCACUAUCACCGUGUGGACAUAUCUGAAAUAUUCCCUGUGGGACCCAGGGUGUGAUCUACAGUGAGUGUCAUUCAUCAUCUGUAUUAUGAGAUUAAUUUUAAAGUCUAGAAGAAAAUACAAUUCCAACUGCAGUACAAAACAGACAUUUUUAUAUUUUAUUAUUGUAUUAAAGUUUCACAUACAACACUGUUAAAAGCAACUAAGCAUCAUGGUUUUCUCAGUCCUUGACCGCCCCUUAUGCCUUCAGUAAACAUUAGAACAACUUCCCGGGUUAUACGCUCCAACGAUGAACCCACUUUCAUAACACAAACAAUUCCAACACAGUCAUUAUAGUUCAGCCAUGGAAAGUGUU